CUGUUGGAUUGUGACUUCAUAGUUUAUAUAUUAUGCUCAUAAAAACAACAUAUGCUCCACUACUGACAUGAAAAGGCAAAACCAAAGCUCUGUGGUUGAAUUCAUUCUCUUGGGAUUUUCUAACUUUCCUGAACUCCAGAAGCUGAUCUUUGGGGUUUUCUUGGUUAUUUAUCUGGUGACCUUGAUGGGAAAUGCCAUCAUUAUUGUCAUCAUCUCCCUGGACCACAGCCUUCAUGUCCCCAUGUACCUAUUCCUCCAGAACUUAUCUGUGGUGGAAGUGAGUUUCAGUGCAGUCAUUAUGCCUGAAAUUCUGGUGGUCCUCUCCACGGAGAAAGCGGCUAUUUCUUUUACUGGUUGUUUUGCACAAAUGUAUUUCAUUAUUCUUUUUGGUGGGACCGAAUGUUUUCUCCUGGGGGCAAUGGCUUAUGACCGAUUUGCUGCAAUCUGCCAUCCUCUGAGCUACCCAAUGAUUAUGAACAAAAUGGUCUUUAUGAAGUUAGUAAUGUUCUCAUGGAUCUCAUGGGUCAUGGUGGCUACUGUACAAACCACAUGGGUGUUUAGUUUCCCCUUUUGUGGUCCUAAUGAAAUUAAUCAUCUUUUCUGUGAAACCCCCCCAGUCCUAAAGCUUGCAUGUGCAGACACCUUCUUGUUUGAAAUUUAUGCAUUUACAGUCACCAUUUUAAUUAUUAUGGUCCCUUUCUUGCUGAUACUUUUGUCCUACAUUCGAAUUCUCUUUGCCAUCCUGAAGAUGCCAUCAACUACUGGGAGGCAAAAGGCCUUUUCCACCUGUGCCUCUCAUCUCACAUCUGUGACCCUCUUCUAUGGCACAGCCAGUAUGACUUAUUUACAACCCAAAUCCAGCUACUCUCCAGAAACCAAGAAACUAAUGUCACUGGCUUACACACUGCUUACUCCUCUGCUGAAUCCACUGAUCUACAGUUCGCGAAACAGUGAGAUGAAAAGAGCCUUGAUGAAAUUGUGGCGAAGAAAAGUGGUUUCACACACAGCCUGACUGUAUUGAGAAGUCACGUGCUAUUUGGUC